AGCUUGAGAACUGCGGUAGUCGGAGGAGGCGGGGGUUGGUGCCGGCGGAGGGCGCGCUUUCUCCCUCUCAGCUGCCUCGUCAGCGGUGACGUGUUCAUUGUCAGUCCUUCGCGCGCCUUUCUCGCUCCUUCUUCCUCCCGCUCCGCCGCCCUUCUGCGCCCCCAUUUCCCUUCCUUCUUUCUUGUCUUUCUUCUUCGCCUCCCCCCUUUUUCUCUGCAGCCCCCCCGGCCCUCGCGACGCCUUGCAAGCGGCAGCCUCCUUUCUUCCCCUGCAGCCUGGACCUUCUCAAUAUGAGUGCUGUCGUCUGCGGCGAGAGAGACCAGAGUAUGAUGCAUGACUAUCACAGAAGAAAUUCAUGUCUAUAGCUUUUAAGGACUUGAUUACAUCGUUUUGAAGCCUGGUAGUUUUGGAGUCACCAGUUGAGAAGACACAGCUGCAUUUUUGAAGUUGCUAUUCAACUACAAAGGAAUAUAAAUUGACGUGCUCUGUAUCAGCACAAAGAAGGAUUUCAGAAUAUUUAAAUUCUAUAAAUUUGCAGCAUAAGCUAAUUUGCCACAGACACAGCAAAAUGAUCCCUAACGGCUAUUUGAUGUUCGAAGAUGAAAACUUUAUUGAGUCAUCUGUUGCCAAACUAAAUGCUUUGCGCAAAAGUGGUCAAUUUUGUGAUGUUAGACUCCAGGUGUGUGGACACGAGAUGCUGGCACACAGAGCAGUACUAGCUUGCUGCAGUCCUUACCUGUUCGAAAUCUUCAACAGUGACAGUGAUUCUCAUGGAGUUUCCCAUGUAAAGUUUGAUGAUCUUAACCCUGAAGCUGUCGAGGUUUUGUUAAAUUAUGCCUACACUGCUCAAUUGAAGGCUGAUAAAGAAUUGGUCAAAGAUGUAUACUCAGCAGCAAAGAAACUGAAGAUGGAGAGAGUCAAACAGGUUUGUGGAGAUUAUUUGCUCUCCAAAAUGAAUGUUGAAAGCUGCAUCUCCUAUCGAAAUUUUGCGAGCAACAUGGGGGAUUCACGUUUAUUGAACAAGAUUGAUGGUUACAUUCAGGAGCAUUUGUUAGAGAUUUCUGACCAGGAGGAAUUUCUCAAACUGCCACGUUUAAAGCUGGAGGUCAUGCUUGAAGAAAAUGUUAGCUUGCCCAGCAAUGGCAAACUGUACACAAAGGUAAUCAACUGGGUACAGCGCAGCAUCUGGGAGAAUGGAGACAGUCUAGAAGAACUGAUGGAAGAGGUUCAAACGCUGUACUACUCAGCUGAUCACAAGCUCCUUGAUGGAAAUCUGCUAGAUGGACAGGCUGAGGUGUAUGGCAGUGAUGAUGACCACAUUCAGUUUGUGCAGAAAAAGCCACCCCGUGAGAACGAUCUCAAGCAGUUAAGUAGCAGUUCUUCGGGAAGUCUUUCUCCAAAUGCAGCAGUGCUGACUCCUAAACACGAGUGGAAAAUUGUUGCUUCAGAGAAGACCUCAAGUAAUACCUACCUGUGUCUUGCUGUUCUGGAUGGCGUUUUUUGUGUGAUUUUCCUUCAUGGGCGUAAUAGUCCUCAAAGUUCUCCAACCAGCACUCCACGAUUGAUGAAAAGUUUAAGUUUUGAGAUUCAGCCCGGUGACCUUGUAGAAAAGACCAUGUCUCCUAUGCAGUAUGCUCGGUCUGGAUUGGGAACAGCAGAGCUUAACGGCAAACUGAUAGCUGCAGGUGGUUAUAACAGAGAAGAAUGCUUGCGCACUGUAGAAUGCUACGAUCCCCGGAAAGAUUGCUGGUCUUUUAUCGCACCAAUGCGGACACCAAGGGCUCGGUUCCAGAUGGCAGUUCUAAUGGGGCAGCUGUAUGUUGUUGGUGGCUCAAAUGGCCACUCGGAUGACUUGAGCUGUGGGGAAAUGUAUGAUCCAGAGAUAGAUGACUGGACUCCUGUCCCAGAACUGAGGACUAACCGUUGCAAUGCAGGUGUAUGCGCCUUGAAUGGCAAGCUGUACAUCGUUGGUGGCUCAGAUCCGUAUGGCCAGAAAGGAUUGAAAAACUGUGAUGUCUUUGAUCCUGUAACAAAAUCUUGGACAAACUGUGCUUCACUUAACAUCCGUAGACAUCAGUCGGGUGUAUGUGAGCUGGAUGGAUAUUUAUAUAUUAUUGGAGGGGCUGAAUCCUGGAACUGCCUUAAUAGUGUAGAGCGUUACAAUUCAGAGAAUAAUACUUGGACACUAAUUGCCCCUAUGAAUGUGGCUCGGCGUGGAGCUGGUGUGGCUGUACUCAAUGGAAAACUCUUUGUUGGUGGUGGUUUUGAUGGUUCCCAUGCAGUUAGCUGUGUGGAGAUGUAUGACCCUGCUAAGAAUGAAUGGAAGAUGAUGGGCAGCAUGACCAUCCAAAGAAGUAAUGCUGGAUUUGCAACAGUGGCAAAUACCAUCUAUGCAGUAGGAGGCUUUGAUGGCAACGAAUUUCUGAACACAGUUGAAGUCUACAGUCCUGAGUCAAACGAAUGGAGCCCCUACACAAAGAUAUACAAAUUCUGAAUUAAUAUGUCUCCUUAAAACUAACAGGCUUGGUGAUGUAAUUGUUUAAGUAGAGGUACACUUGUUAAUAGAGGGGGGAGGGAGGUUUAAAGUUGCCAUCAGCAACACAAGGCUUUUGCAUAUUGCAUACUAUUACUAUGCUGUACAUAUUUUUGUUUGGAAAAAUGAAGGGUGUUCUUGAUAUUAGAAUUUGUUACUUUAGAAGUUUAUUUCCCCUGAAAGAUUAAGAAUGAGAGCUGAUGGCAUAUCAUUUCAAGAGCUUCCCCCAGUGUUUGUUUUGCUUAUUUGCACACACAAAUGCUUGUUCUUUAGUAUUUGUUACUGGUGCAGGAAAAGAUAGCGGUUUCAAAUGUGAGCAAUUACUUUUUUGGCCUUGUGUUGAUUUUAUUUUUAAUCUUUAGUAACUGGAAAAUCUAAAAAGCCUUAUCUAAAUAAAUGGCUGUAUUAUAUAAAAAAGCUGAUACACCUGCCAAUUUGACUGCCUUUUAUAACUUUUUUUAUAUAUAACCGUAGUUGGAAUUUGUAAUAUCCUGAAGUGAUGUAAGAUACGUGUUGAAACAAAUAGACAAUCUUAAAAGUUCAUAGACUGGAGUAAGACAUGCCAUUUUCUACCAUGAGAGCGUUUGAUUUCCUCCUUGCUAUUAUGUUAUAUAAACUGUAGUACAAAAUACAGCUUUUUCAGUGCAUGAGUGUGGAAUUUCUGAACAAGGUUGUAAUGUGAGGAAAAGCUAGGCUCUGAAAUUCAAUUAAUCUACACUUUUCUACAUGAUUUAAGAUUGUAACAAAUAUGCGAUGCUGCAACAUUUGUGUGGUGUGUUAGCAAGGUUACCUAUCUUAAAAUUAUUGUAUAAGUUUGUAUCUUUCUACUACAAGCUGAAACCUGCUAUAAUAUAAAUUGUGUUUCAUUUGUUUUAAA